CGGUGGUAGCGUGAUCCGCUCGAGGAGACCAUGGCGAUACCCAGGACGUUCUGACGGGCUAUCAGAAAAAUAGCCCUCGAAAAACGGAUCAACGCCCCAUAUAAACGACACUAGACUUGGACACUGUGAGACAUAAAAAUGGGGUCCCGUAUCAAGGACAACCCUGAGGCCACUUUCGAGGUGUACCUGGAGGUGACCCAUCCUGGAACCACUGGCUCUGAUCCGGAGGUGCGGAGGCGAUUCCCCGAGGACUACAUCGACCAGGAAACUCUUCAGACAGUCCCCAAGUUCUGCUUCCCCUUCAGUGUGGACAGUCUGUCGGUGAGCCAAGUGGGCCAGAACUUCACCUUUGUUCUGACGGACAUCGAGAGCAAGCAGCGCUUUGGCUUCUGCCGCCUCUCCUCGGGGGCCCACAGCUGCUACUGCAUCCUCAGCUAUCUGCCCUGGUUUGAGGUAUUCUACAAGCUGCUCAAUAUCCUCGCUGACUACACAAUCAAAGGCCAGGAGAGUCAGUGGCGAGAGCUCCUGGAGUCACUCCAUACACUCCCCAUACCUGAUCCUGGAGUGCCAGUCCAUCUUAGCGUGCAUUCCUACUUUACUGUGCCUGACACAAGGGAAUUACCCAGCAUACCUGAAAACAGAAACCUAACAGAGUAUUUUGUAGCCGUAGAUGUCAAUAACAUGCUCCAUCUGUACGCUAGUAUGCUUUAUGAGCGUCGAAUCCUCAUCUGCUGUAGCAAACUAAGCACCUUAACGGCUUGUGUUCACGGGUCGGCGGCCAUGAUGUACCCAAUGUAUUGGCAACACGUUUACAUUCCUGUCCUGCCUCAGCACCUCAUAGACUACUGCUGUGCGCCCAUGCCCUACCUCAUUGGAGUACAUUCCAGCCUAAUGGAGAAGGUGAGGGGGAUGGCCCUGGAUGACGUAGUAGUCCUCAACGUAGACACCAACACCCUAGAAACACCCUUUGAUGACCUCCAAAGCCUGCCCAACGACGUGGUGUCAUCCUUAAAGAAUCGCCUGAAGAAGGUUUCCACGACGACGGGAGAUGGCGUGGCCCGAGCUUUCCUCAAGACACAGGCCGCUCUCUUCGGCUGCUACAGGAACGCGCUGCAGAUCCAACCGGGAGAGCCAAUAACGUUCAGUGAGGAGGUCUUUGUGACCCACCGCUCCAGUGCCAUGAGACAGUUCCUGCAGAACGCCAUCCAGCUGCAGCUCUUCAAACAGUUCAUCGAUGGCCGCUUGGACCUGCUGAACGCUGGUGAGGGCUUCAGUGAUGUUUUCGAGGAUGAGAUCAACAUGGGAGAGUAUGCAGGCAGCGACAAAAACUACCACCAGUGGCUAUUCACAGUAAAGAAAGGGGGCGGUGCUAUCUUUAACACAGUGAGGACCAAGGCUAACCCGGCCAUGAAAACUGUCUAUAAGUUUGCUAAAGAUCAUGCCAGGAUGGGGAUAAAGGAAGUCAAGAGCCGACUAAAGCAAAAGGAGCUGGCAGAGAAUGGCUACUCCUCGACAGUGGGCACUGGUGGCACAGGAACGGGCACCGGGGAGGAGGGCACCACUGCCGGGUCGCCCACCUCCACAGACGGAAAGGACGGCAGCGCCCGCACCUGGGACGAACGGCGUCCUAUCACUGUGCACUUUGGACAGCCCCUCCGAGAGCCUCCCCCUCGGCCCCCUCCUCCCAGGCUCCAAUGCGGCAACGCGCGGCCUGCCCGUCCACCUAGGCCUCAGGUGGCCAAGAGACCUCGCAGCAACGUGGGCCUGGAGAGUAGCCCUGAACAUGGUGGCCGUCCCACACGUCACUACACAGUCUUUCUGUCCGAGGACUCAUCAGGCGACGAGCUGCAGCACGAAGACCACUCCAUUGCCAGCUUCCCUGAGAACUUUCUCUUCUCUGCCCCCUUCGAAUGGUCACCCCUGCCGCCUCCUUACCGCUCCCUGAAAGAGGCGGAGGAGGGGGAGGAGCCCAUCAGCGGCCCCUCCUACACAGCCCCGCCCAGCCCAGUGAUGGAGAAGUUUGCUGAUAUCAACCUGCUGGGGAACAUGUUCAGCUGCUUGGACGAGCCUGAGGGACAGCAACUCAGCCUGGCCAAGAGCCUGGAGGACCUCCGCACACCCAAAGACCCCCAGGAGCAGCAGAAAUUAAUCUACCAGCGGAUGGACCUGAGUGGCACCCUUCCAGGCCUCAAGCACUCCAACCCCUACAACAAGAUGUGGAGCAUGCAUGGGCAGGAUGAUAUGGCCAUGUCUGGCCGGGUGUCUCCGAAUUGGGACCGACCCCUGUCCGUGCCCCCCCCUGACCUGGAAGAGCUGCGGCCCCCUAGCCGAGAGAGCUUCGGUCCCGGGGUCCUCGAGCGGCCGGAUCUCUUCACCACCCCCAGCCAAGGGGAGUGCAUCACCAUCCCCCGCCCCCAGGGGAGGAAAACCCCAGAGCCAGGUAAGGUCUUGGGUCCGCCACCAGUGCCCCAGCCCCGGACCAAGCCGGGGGUAGUGGGGGAUGGUGGGACCACUACAGCAGGGGGGCAGGAGUUCCGGCAGGCCCUUGGGAUGGGGGGUGACCUGAUGCUGCAGCCCACCAAGAUGGACUUCAAUGACGGGGAGGAUGUGGACCUGCUCAGCCUCCUGGACCCCCUGAACAACCCGGCCCAGACCACCACCACCCCAGCCUUGGCAGGGGAAGGAGCAGACUCACGGUCCUGUGCCGAACCUCCAACCUCCAGGCCUGUUCUCCCGCCACGUCCCUACCCUCAGAGCCUGCCCCCCUUCCACCAACACAUGCCCCUGAACCCCUUCACCCCGCCCCUCGGCUACUCCACCCACAGACACUACUCGCCCACCGUAGCGGGGAAUCCCUUUGGCGGCCGUGCCUACGGGCCUCCCGCCUCCACCUAUUUCCACGCCUCCCCCCAUGGUCACCCUCCUCACCCUCUUUCUACAAUGCUGGGGCUCUACAGACUGUCCUCCCCCGUGGGGUCUACCCUCCCUCCUGGUAUGGGAUCCAUGCGGUCUGCCUUCCCCAAUCAUGGCGGUCCUCCCCCUACCUCCUCAGGCAGCCACCAUGCUCUCUCUAACCUGUUGGACUCCCCCUCGGUCCCCACCCCUAGCCUCGCCACUAGGGUACUGCCAAAGCCUCCCAACACUGCAGAGGACUCCAACGAGACUCAGGAUCCCUUUGGGGACCUACUGGCCAUGGCUAAGCCGGCCGCUGCACCACCUAAAAAGAAGGUGGAGGGCCUUCGGGGGAAAUGGGAGACUUUUGACUAACCCCCCUUUCCUUACUUUCCACGUGUGGGCGUUGUCUUAUUCACCUCUUCCCUGCACCAGCUUAUGCUGCUGACCAAUGAGUAACAGAGUCUGUGUGUCAGGCGACCAAUCAAGAGGCUAGGUUCCAAGCUGUCCCCUCUCCCCCGUCUCCCCCUCUGCUAAAUGUCGGGGUUCACACCUCACUCUUUCUCUCUCCCCCUCCUCUCUCCGUCUCUCUCUGUCUCUAUGUUUCUCUCUCUCUCCGUCUCUCUCUGUCUCUGUUUCUCUCUCUCUCUCCCUCUCUCCCCCUCCUCUCUCCAUCUCUCUCUGUCUCUCUCUCUCCUCUCUCUCUCAUUCUCUGUCUGUCUCUCUCUCUCAUUCUCUCUCCCUCUCUAUGUUUCUCUCUCUCUGUCUCUCUCUCUCUCUCCCUCCUCUCUCCCUCUCUCUCUAUGUCUCUGUUUCUCUUUCUCUCUCUCCGUCUCUCUCUGUCUCUCCCUCUCUCUGUCUCCCUCUUUCUCUGUCUCUCUCUCUCCCCCUCCUCUCUCCCUCUCUCUCUGUCUGUUUCUCUCUCUCUCUCCGUCUCUGUCUCUCCCUCUCUCUCUAUGUCUCUCCCUCUCUCUCUGUCUGUCUCUCUCCCUGUCUCUCUCUCCCCCUCCUCUCUCCCUCUCUCUAUGUUUCUCUCUCUCUCUCUCCCCCUCCUCUCUCUCUCCUCUCUCUCUCUCAUCUCUCUCUCCUCUCUCUCUAUGUCUCUCUCUCCCCUCUCUCUCCUCUCUCUCGUCCUUCAGUCUGGAAUGGGACUCUCAACCUGGCCUUGCUUCUUUCAGUACGCUGUAUAUGCCAACCAUGCACAGCCCAUGCUAGCACGCUCUUGCACAGUAUCCCUUGGUGUUAGCUGUGUGUGUUCAAUGCCUUCACUUAGACGUUAGCUUAGCUCAAACUGGAAGGCGUGUGGCCUCUAAAACACAUCUUGACUCUAUCCUGGGACCCGGCACCAAAAGGCCAUCAUGUCUCAGAAACUGUCAGAGCCGUGUCUGUUGCUACGAUGGUAAUGCUAAUCAUUAGAGUAGCUAGUAGUUUGUGGAUUUCCCAGCUUAGCAGUGUUCUAGUCCGAUCUGUGGCACAUCACUAACAUGCAGUCCGUCCACCCUCAAUGUGUUCAGCGGCGUCAUGUUUGUAGAGGAAACUCUCGAAUUAUACAUGAUUUUGUUUGCCUGGACUAACUAAUGGACCGUUGUCAUUGACUGAAGCAAAUCCACCAGAACAUUUUGACUGAACGGGGUUGUUUGUGGACCUUGGUUUACGUUAUGCCGGUUACAGCAAUCUUUCAGGUGAAACUUUUGCUAAUUCAUUUGUCAAACUUUAAGAUGCCAUGAUUGUAAAUUCCUAUGUAGUAGGAGAGGACGAUAGAACAACCAUGUUGCACCAAUCAUGUUUGCUAUUUAAACUCAUCCCAUGUAUUCCCUAACCCUUUGUUGAUUUUGGCCUUAUUCUAAGUGUUAUCAUGUUUUCUGUGUCUGAGGACAGUGAUCAUCUACUACUGAGUCACUGGCUGCUUGCUCAGUGUGCUGCUACUAUGUGUGCAAGAGUGUAAAGUAUGUACUGACAAAAUGGCUACCGUUGUCAGUUGCGAUUGCAACGGAUUGCCAGUGCGCUUCCGUUUGGAUCCGAAAUGACUCAAAUCAGGACCUAGACCAAGAACUAAGACGACACUAGUCUGUGACACUAUAGGACGUUUGUCCCGACAACUGCUACAAAUAAACCCCCACCGCCUUGUGGGUAAUCACAUUCAUGGAGUCAUUGGGCCUAACAUUUGGGAGAACUCCUACAUGCUAAUGCUAAAGGCUAACAGUGUGGUGGAAGAUACAGUAAGGCUGUGGAGCAAAAUCAUGUCAAAUGAUGUCUGUGGAAAAUUUAAUUGGAACACAUCUUGGUCCUUGCUUUGUAUGUAGAGGGAACAAAAUAGAAUGUACAGUGUAUGAUUGAUUAAAGAGAUAUCAAGUACUGUGUCGGCUAAUACUAGAAACAUUAAGUCAAGUUUCAUCUUUUGGAACUCCUCAGAGUUAGCGCUUUUCUCCUCUCUGGUCACAACAGCUUAUGGAGAACGGGACUAAUGAGUUAGCAAGAACUUCAGUGACAUUUAAGUCUUCCUUAGUCCAUCCUGAAAUGGUUUGCAAAAUAUUUCCCCCAGUUUUAGACGAUGAUUCACCAAUACUACAAUAUGCAUUUAUAAUAUGGACCUUUUUAAUUGAUUUUGUCAAAAAGGUUUGCAAAAUAAAGCCAAAAUACAGACUUUUCUCUGAA